AUGGCGGAUCGUGGCAAGCUUCAUGUGAUGAUGUUCCCUUGGCUUGCACAUGGCCAUAUAACACCCUUUCUAGAGCUGGCCAAGAGCCUUCUCAUUUAUGGCCUCAGGAUUUCCUUCGUCUCCACUCCGCUUAACAUUGCUCGGAUCAGAAAGCAGAUGGUGCUUGGGAUUGAGCUGGUGGAGCUGCCAUUGCCAUCCGUGGACGGCCUGCCCGUAGGCAUUGAGUCCACAGCAAGUUUAUCGGAGAUAGGAAGAACAGACUUAAUUCCGCUGCCCUUCCAAGCCCUGGACCUUUGCGAACAGCCCUUCGCGACACUGCUGAAACUGUUUUCCCCAGAUUUUAUCAUACAUGAUACGACGCUGUGCUGGACUCCACGGGUUGCCGCCAAGCUAGGCAUUCCCGCUAUAAAUUUCACGGUGGUUAACAUGGCGGCCAGGCUUUUCGUUACAGGGCAGCAAAGGGACGGACUGCGCCAAAUUCCGAUGGCCGAGGAUCUGAUAGCACCGCCACUCGGAUUCCCCUCAUUGGCCGUCCGCCGCCGACUCUUUGAAGCCCGGAAUAUGCUGCCGUUGUAUCAAAACAAGCACUAUGGUACUUGUGAGGAUCUCACCUUCAUGAACCGCCUUUGCAUCUCAGUGGAGGAAAGCUGGGCAACGAUUAGCAAUACUUGCCUAGAGUUGGAAGGCAAAUUUGUCGACUAUUUUAAAAGAAGCACAGGUCGAUUCAUGUUUCCCUUGGGGAUUUUCAUGAAAAGCCUACCACCGCGACCUGCAGCGGAGCCUUGCUUGGCCUGGCUGGACAAGCAGCCCGCUCGUUCUGUGGUGUUUGCGUCCUUCGGUAGUGAAUGCCAUCUCACCGCCCAACAGCUCGAUGACCUCCUGCUGGGCUUGGAGGAGAGUGAAAUUCCAUUCCUUUGUGUUCUUAUUGGCCACGCGGCGGCUGAGUUGCACCAAGGCUUUGAGGAUCGAACCCAAGGUAGAGGACUCGUGGUUACAAAGUGGGCGCCUCAGUUGCAUAUUUUAAACCAUCCCUCCACUGGAGCUUUUCUUUCACAUUGUGGAUGGAAUUCUGUGACAGAAGGCCUGAGGUUUGGAGUGCCCUUUGUUGCUCUUCCAAUCCAGUACGAGCAGGGCUUAACUGCUCGACUAAUUGCUGAGGAUUUGAAGAUGGGAGUGGAGGUGAGAAGAAACGGGGAGGAUGGUUCAUUCACUAAGGAGGACAUAGCUACGGCUAUUCGAGGUGUAAUGGUGGGGGAAGAAAGCAGUCCGAUUAAAUCCAAUGUUGAGGAAAUUAGUAGGGUGCUGACCAGUAAUGAUUGCCAAGUCCAUCGAACAAACAUCCACAACUUUGUCUCUGCGCUCAAGGACAAAGCCUCCAGCAAACAAACUGUUUGA